CGGAAACGGCGGCCAAGGCGCCAACAACGUCGUUGGUUGCGGGUAGGAAGGUACGAUGAAUCAAUGCUAUUGCUGCAGUGAUUGGGCUUCAGCAUGAUUAUAAAUGUUACUUAAAUUGAAGCUGAAAUAUAAUAGAAUUGAAGUAUUUGUUCAUCGUCGUAAAUCAUAACAUCAGUUUAUUAAGUAUGGCUGCUCUUACUUUGAUGAAUGUGGGGCAGCAAGGAAGCACUAUAGAAGAUGAUGAUCAGAGCAAAAAGUUUGGUGAAGAAGGUGUUGAAUUAAUACUAGAAAACAAUGUAUUUGAAGCUUUAAAGUGUUUUACAAAAGCUUUAGCUGAUAAUCCUAAAGAUAUCCGUCACUUUUUGAAUCGCUGCUACUGUUAUUUAAGAUUGAGUGAAAAUAAAUUGGCCCUUUCAGAUGCUGAACGUGUAUUAGAAAAAUCUAGAACUGAUCUUUAUCUGUUUCUUGCGAGAUUAAGAGCUGGUCAAGCUUUGUUUGGAUUGAAGAAAUACCAUCAAGCUGAAACUUACCUCAAGCAAGCAUUAGCCGUACAUCCUAAUAAUGUGCAUGCAAAAAGAGAAUUACUAACAGUCCAAAUAAAACGUAUAGUUUAUAAUGGAUAUAAUGAAAGAGAUGCUAUAUUAGCAUUAAAAAUGCAUCCUACUACAUUGGGAGCGAUAAGUUACUUGUCUUCUAAUAAUAUCAGACCAAUGGGUUCAAAUGGUCCACAAGUAGAUGAUGAUUUGAAUGUUCCAUAUCAUGAUUUAAGUGAUGUAUAUUAUUCAUCAGAUGAAGAUGUCGAUCCAAGUAAUUUUGAAUUUCUAAAUGACAUGUCGAAUUAUCAACCUGUACCCCCAUCAAUGAUAUCAGCAAGCAUGGAAAUAUUUCAGUGAUGUAAAAUACAAAACUUUUGUUAACAUAUAUAGUAUAUGGGUUGGAAAACUGAAUUCUACUAUAACAGAAGAUGUAUUGCAAGCUGCAUUCAAUCAGUUGGGAAAUGUUACCAAGGUUUAUAAACCAGCUAAUGCAGAUUAUGCGUUUGUUAAUUUUGACAACUGUGAAGAUGUCAAAAACAUUUUAAAAAUAUCAAGUUACCUCAUAGACGGAAAAAAGGUUCCUGUCCAGCCGGCUUAUAAAAGGUUUUGACUAGACUUUUAUCUUUGAUUUUAGAUUAGUGUACUCUUAGCCUGAUUCUUCUGUGUUGCAACGCAAUAUUUCGAUUAAAUUAUGUUAUUUAUUUCUGAAAA